UUAUAAUCAUAUACGCUAUACUAUAGAUGGCAGGGCAAUAGUGUGAAGGUCACGUAUGGCUGUGGACUUGCAACAUUCUACCCACUUUUGAAAAACGAUCAGAAAGUGACUUGCUUAUGUGCUUAUCAAGUUUACAAUUGAAUGCGCCGUCUACCGCCAUCAGGAUUUUGCAAUACAUGUCGAAAUAUUUUGUGGAUUUUCUGUUAAUAAGGAGGUCUUGUGAAAUACUUUGUUAAACUGUUUGUAAUUUAAUGGAAAUUAUCUACAAGAAAGAAUUAUCAAUUAUGGACUCUAUCGAAAAUAAAGAAAAUACUGAAUCUUCUACAAAAACGGAAAAAGAAGAAAAGUCUAUUAACGUUGAAGAAUCGACUGAUCUCGUAAGAGACAAGACAGUCUCUUUUACAGUUAUGUUCAAUAAACAAAAGUACCCGAUUACUUUCGAUCUCGAUAAAAGAAUAUUAGAUUUAAAGAAACACUUAGCAGAAUCAACAUCAAUUCCGGCUGAAAUGCAAAAAUUGACGUAUAAAGGUAUUCUUAAGGACGAAAUGACUCUUCAGGAAGCAAGCAUUACAAAAACGACGAAAAUCUUACUUAUAGGCUCAACUGUUAGUGACCUAUUGAAAAUUGCGCCGCCACUUAAUGCUUCUAAUAAGUCUGGAACAGUAGAGAGUACAGGAGCUACAGCUAAAGAACCACUUAGUAAACAGAAACCUCAUUGUAACAUUCUAGAAAAGUAUGGAAAGCCAGAUGAUGCUAUGAUUGGAGUGAAAGGCAAAAGAGAACGUCUCCCCCCUGUCCCGAUAACGGGUAUGUAUAACAGUAAAGGUGCUAAAAUACGACUAACAUUCAAAAUGGAGCAAGACGAAGUUUGGAUCAGUACAAAAGAUAGAACAAACAAAGUAAAGAUGCAAAGUAUUCAUAAUGUAUCAAGUGAACCAAUUAAUGGAAGUGAAGAAUAUCAUAUGAUGGCAAUUCAAUUGGGACCAACUGAACAAUCAAGAUUAUGGUUAUAUUGGGUACCAUCUCAAUAUGUAAAUGCUAUAAAAGAUACCAUAUUAGGUCAAUGGCAAAAGUUUUAAUAGAUUAAAAAUCAAAGUAUCUUCUCAAUGUUUUCUUAUUUAAUUUAUUAAAUUACUGAAAAAAUCUUGUCGUUAAUCAUUGUUUUCUAUAAACUUGGCUGUUACAUUUCAAAAAGUCUGAUACAUUUAUAGGGUUUUUGCUUAAAUAUAUUUCUGAUGUAAAGUAUGUUUGAAGCCAGCUAUUAGUUUUUAUUUUUUUUAUUUUUAGCUCUGAUCUAAAUAUUAAUUUCGAAAAAAACCUUAAUUCCCAUAAAUAAUUGGUUGUUAAGGUAUUCUAACAAAUUACUUUUGAGGUUCAAGUGGU